AAAAACUCUAGCAGAAGCACAGCUGCUGCAGGUUGGGGAUGUGAUGGGGUGAUUGCUAACAUCCCCAUUCGCCCACCCUCCCUCUCUCACUGCAUUAGCGCUGUGAUUACAAACAAUGGAUCAGAAUUUCUCAACAGUACGAGACGGCAAGCAGCUCACGCCAGAGAGGGACUCGUCCAAGCGAGUCUUGACAGGAUGCUUUCUCUCCCUGCUUAUCUUCACCACACUGCUUGGCAACACCCUGGUGUGUGCAGCUGUCACCAAGUUCCGACACCUGAGGUCAAAGGUCACCAACUUCUUUGUAAUCUCGCUGGCCAUCUCGGACCUUCUGGUGGCCAUCUUGGUGAUGCCAUGGAAGGCAGCCACAGAGAUCAUGGGGUUUUGGCCAUUUGGAGCAUUCUGCAAUGUGUGGGUAGCAUUUGACAUCAUGUGUUCCACUGCCUCUAUCUUGAACCUGUGUGUUAUUAGUGUUGAUCGUUACUGGGCCAUCUCCAGCCCGUUCCGUUAUGAACGCAAAAUGACCCCGAAAGUGGCGUGCCUGAUGAUCAGUGUAGCAUGGACCCUCUCUGUACUCAUCUCCUUCAUUCCUGUUCAGCUAGACUGGCACAAAGCUGAGACCACCAGCUAUGCAGAGCUAAAUGGAACAUACCCCAGUGAACUGCCCCCUGAUAACUGUGAUUCUAGCCUUAAUAGGACAUACGCCAUCUCAUCCUCCCUCAUCAGUUUCUAUAUCCCUGUAGCAAUCAUGCUCGUCACCUACACCCGGAUCUACCGCAUUGCCCAGAAACAAAUACGGAGAAUAUCUGCCCUGGAACGUGCAGCAGAGAGUGCCAAAAACCGACAUAGCAGUAUGGGGAACAGCUCAAACAUAGAGAGCGAGAGCUCAUUCAAAAUGUCGUUCAAACGAGAAACCAAAGUCCUAAAGACGCUCUCGGUCAUCAUGGGUGUGUUUGUGUGCUGCUGGUUGCCCUUUUUCAUCCUGAACUGCAUGGUUCCCUUCUGCGAACCAAACCUGCCAGAUGGGUCCGCAGACUUCUUCUGCAUCAGCUCUACCACUUUCGAUGUGUUUGUGUGGUUUGGCUGGGCAAACUCCUCUCUCAACCCCAUCAUCUAUGCCUUCAAUGCAGAUUUCCGCAAGGCCUUCUCCAUACUCCUGGGUUGCCACCGGUUGUGCCCGGGGAGCAACACCAUCGAGAUCGUCAGCAUUAACAACAACAUGGCAGCCUCCGCGCCCAACCCUAACUCUCAGUAUCAGCCCAAGAGCCACAUCCCAAAGGAAGGGAACAACUCUGCAAGUUAUGUGAUUCCUCACAGCAUCCAGUGUCAGGAGGACAAGUUGCAGAGGAAAGAUGGAUGUGGAGGCGAUAUUGAGGCAGGAAUAGUAAACAACGCCUUGGAGAAACCCUCCCCGGCCAUUUCUGGGAAUUUAGACAGUGAUACCGAGGUAACCCUGGAAAAGAUCAAUCCCAUCACACAGAAUGGGCAACACAAAGCUGUGUCAUGUUGAGGAUACCUUUGCAAAGAUGGAUCAAAACUCAUGGAGGACCAUAAAACAAAACAUCUGGGACAAGGAUCUCCAAGAAUAUGCCUGAUAGAAAAAAAAAAUGUGACAGGACUCUGGACUGUCAAUAAAAAUCCACAUAGAAAAACCUACAGAAUGUCAAAAAGUACAGGCACUUUAUCUGGGAUAUAACUAUCUGCAAAAUACUUUCAGCAUUUGAGGAUGAAAUCGUUUUAUUUGAUGAUAAAUGUUGAUAACAUGUAUAUUAAAGCAGAAAAACAGUGCAUAUGCAUACAUCUUUGAAAUAUCUCCUUGGAUGUAUACAUCUGCUCACGUGUACUGAAUGGCUCAGCAUUGACACUACUCUGGAAGGACUUAAACACAUUAUAUUCAGCAGAGGAAAAUGUAGUAUUAGAGAAAUAUCAUGUAGGUAGGUGCUUUGUAGGUGUUACAUGAAAGAAAGAGCAACGUGGAUUAAACAGGUGCAGUAAAAUUAGUUGCUAGUUACUUUUUUGCUCUACUCUUCAGUAUCUUAGCAAUGCCGGUUUUAUUGCAAAAUUUACAUCUGUAUUGCAGUGGUUAUUUAUUUAACUAUUUAAAUUUCUGUAAAUGCCAAAGUAACUUUUCUAUAAGUCAAGCCUAAGCUCUAUUUGAAUCCAGUCUUGGGUUUAAGGUUAUGAUGUAAAAUGUCCAGAUGAUGUGCAGUCAGAGAAAGAGAGACAAGGAAGUUUUGCAAAUACUGUAAUGUUUUAUUUUCAUCUCCUGUAUCGUUUUUCUGGACAAAUUGUCUUUCCUAAAACCAUCCUGCGUUUCUUUUCUACAUCCUCCUCCUCUUGUUUGCUUUAUUUCCCCCCUGCUGCUUAUUAAGCAGUCAUUUAUUCUGUUCUCAUCUUCAUUUUCCUGUUCUUGUUUGCUCAGUCUGCAAAUCCCAUUCUCCUUCACGAUGCCCCUUCUUCUCAUUUUGUCAACAGUCUUCUUUUUUUGCACCUGCGCAUCAACUCUUUCAAAGUUGUGUUCUUGUCUCCACUCUCCUCAGAAUCUCCUUUGGUAGUCAUCCAUUUUAAAUACUUCUUCUGCCCACUUUGAGUGGUACUGAUGGUUUUUCACUUGGCAAAUACAUCUGGUUCACAUAAAGAAAAUUUAAUGAAAUUAAAUACUCAUUGCACUCAUACAGAGAAGCCAGAGAUACAAGUUCACUAAGCUGAAACACACUUAGUGACCUUUUGCAAACUUGCAGAUAUCAGAUUUGUAAAUUGCUCACGCUGGGAGCCAUACUGCGCUGUAGUGGUGAUGUGGAGCAUGCAGUGUGACAGAGUCGCUUAGUUUUGCAGAGGUGAAGUCACAGACGGUGCACCGUGAUGUGGAUUAGCCCUGAGCUGUCGGACAUGUUUUGUGUCUUUGCACAGCUGCACUUAGAAAACACUCCCAAAUUAGGACUAAUUAGGAAUAAAUAUUUCACAGGAGCAAAACAUUAAGUUCUUAUUAUAAAAUAAUAUUCCAGAUGCUGCUGAUAAGAAUGCAGCUGCCUUAGGAAGAAGUUGUAUUUUCACUUAUUUUCCAUGACUGUGAUCAGAUGUAGUUCUUCUUGAACAACCAGAUCUUAACUAACCUGAUUUGUAAACAAAAAUGUUCUGACAACAGGCCAGCACAGGUCACAUUAAAUUUACAGAUGGGGAGCUGAAAUGACCAGCAGAGUUUUGGUUUCAAUCUGAAUUUCACUGUAAUGGUCAAAAACCUGAGCCACACUUCUCUGGAUAUAUCUUUAUAAAACAGAUAUUUUUUUCUGCCAUUUUCAACAGGAUUACUGCUGAAAUAACAGUAAUCCUGUAUAAUACCUAUGCACUGCCAAUAGUCACUGAUAAAGUCCAUAUUACUUUCAUCAAAGCUCGAAAUGUGAUGUGAUCUUGAGCAGGGUAUAGGGUUGUACUAAAUAUUCUCAAAAACAGUGGUAUUUCUUGUUUUUUCUAGAUUACAAUUUUUCCUUAGAGCAAAACUUUUUAAAGAUGUUCUUUUUUUAUAUUUUAGAAUUUGUUUCAUGACACACAUUUAGCUUACAAACAAUUGAAUGUAAGCUGACUGAGGACAAAUUAAGACAGAUUUCAAAAUGGUUCCAUUGUCUGUGUGAAGUGCUUCUCACAGAUCAAAUAGUUCUUAAUAAUUGUUGAAUGUUUAGACCAUAUAUUUUUUACCCCAACAUUAAAAUUAGACUUAAACCUAGCAUUUUAAAUUAUUUAAGAAUCUCCACUUGAAUAAAGAACGUAUUCUUUAUAUCUAGUUUGUAUUAAAUAUAUUCAGCGGUCCAGUCAAAGUUUACUCCAGUUCUUUUUGAAGUUGCUGGGGAAGGAACCCUCACGCUGACAUUGCAUGCAGAUCAUUCACCGCAUGUUGUUUGUGCCCAUGAUGCUGUGAAACUGUUGCACAUCAGAGAAAGGAAGAACCAAUCCAAUACAAGGCAAUUGGUCUUGAAUAAAGCAUUUGAUUUUCCUGCGUUGGAAAAUCCAAUGCUAUCUGGAUGGCACCAAAGCGAGGGGGGAAAGCUUUUAGCUCAAUAUGUUGCUUGGCUUGUGUCACAAAAGCAGCUCAUUGUCCUCCUGGCUUCUCUGUAGCCUCUCAUGUGCUCUGCUCCAUCAGGUUAGGAUUUGAUGUUUUCAGGCUCAAUUUGGAUUAGCACCCUCUCUCAUGUUGAGAGUGGCAACAGUGAAACAAAGUGCCAUGAACUGUGAACGAUCCCUUAUAGUUUCUUUUACAAACAAUCACCCAUAGCAUGCUCACUCAGCACUAGUUAAUUUAAUUUUUUUUCUCUGUAAUUAUCUCAAAACACAUCCCGGCCACAACAAGCGAUAAAACAUGACGUGUGUGCAAUCCAUCAGAACCGGACAUGAAAGAAAACUGCCUCCGGGUGGGCUUUUCCUCAAACCCCUCCCUCUCCCUUCACUCCCAGCAGCUCCUUCUUUCUCUGUCUCUUUCUCUAGACUGCCUCUGUCGACUUGAUGAGCGUUCAUGAUGUUAACAAAUACUAGAUUUAUAGUUCAGCAACCAGAGCUGACUGCUUUCUUAUUUUGUAAUUUAAAUUAAAGCGCCAAAUCAAAGCCCUAAAUCAAAGCUUGACUGGUUAUUUUAUCUGUAUUUAUACUGUUUCUUUCUUUUUUUUGCCAAAGUUCUCAUGUCUGGUUGAAUGUGGAUGUACUUUUAGCAUAUGCUGUGACAUAACCAGUGUUUUAUACGCUGAACGUUGGGGUAUGUGGGGACUCUUGGUGACACUAAGAUUAAUUUGCCAUUUCUUGUGACGUCUUUUUAUACACGCCGUUGGUAAACCUAUGAUGGUUUACUAAAACCUUCAUUUGAAAUGAUCUUUGUUGUUUUAUGAUUCUGUAUAACCCCACUCCUCCCCCCAGCCCUCUUCACGAGCCUUCACCUUGUCAGCUUUGUGAAUCAUCUCUCCAGCUUGCCCUGUUUUGAUUUUGGAGAACGCCGAUGUCAGUGCAAAACUCCCAGGAGCAAAAUGUUUUGCUUGAUGUGGAGCAUUUCCUCUGGGAGACCCUACAAGUUCCUUUGAGGGAGCUAUGGCUGUGGUGACAGUCCAUAGUCUCUCCAUCAGUGUUCUAGCAGUGACGAAUGACAACUUUAGCAAAUCUGACAGUGCAGAAUCUCUGUGUGUCCUCCUAAAAUGAGUGGCCAGGCGCUGCAAGUAUGGAGCCAUUUUAGCAAUGAUGUUUCACCUCAUUUAACUGUCUGACUUAAUGACAGAGUCCCUACCUCAACGUCAGUCAGCAAGUUUCAUGUAAAAAAAAAAAAAAAAUACAAAAAACUAUUUAAACAGUUAAUGGCAGUAAUAAGGGUUGGGGUUUGCAGGGAUAGAGUAUUGUACAAUGAUGUUCAAAAUGUAGUUGUGAUGAACACAAGUGCUUUCUAUCUUUCAGAAUCCUUAAUGUGUGUAGCAGACUUACAUGCUGUAUGUUUUCUCAAGUGUGGGAUUAAAAUCUAUGAUAACAUGCAAAGUUCA